CGGAACUGUUUUAGGAAUUCUAGUUCUGUUUUUCGGCUAAAUCGAAAGCAAACGAUCAUAUUCACAUACUUGUUCUUAGUUUUAAAAAAAUUAAUUCUGCUGGUUUUAUGGAAUCUUUAUCGUGGAUUAGUGCUGCAUUUUUAUCUAUUAUACAAAGUACUUAUGACCAUGGUAGCAAUGUUGUAAGCCAUCUAGUAUGCAAUGAUUUAUCUGUGAAGGCAUCCAUUAAUUAUUAAACAGAUAUUCUACACUCAAGUUCAUCAUGUUAAACUUAGGGAAGUAUGUAUUGAAUACAUGGAACGAAACCGUUGUUUAUUUGACAAACAUGUGAAUGAAGAUUUUGACGCUUACUUGGAAAAAAUAAAAGAUCCUAAGGAAUGGGUGGGAGAACUAGAAAUGAAAGCUUUGUCCUUAAAAUAUAAACUAGACUUUGUAGUUUAUUAUGAUCCCACAAAACCUCCCCUAAAAAUACAGGUUCCCUCUCCAGUUCAAACUAUUGCAUUGGCUUGCACUGGUGGCAACCGCUAUGACUGUGUUUACUCUAAAUGUGAUUUGUCUACUUUAGCUUUUUCUCAGUCUAUGAUAUAUGAAGUGCUGUAUAAAAAAGUAUAUGGACUUGGCUCUGAUGUUGAUAUAGCAGUUGAAAAAAUGCUGCAUGAUAAAGCAUAUUCGAAACAACGGCGAAGCAACUUGCUGUGCAAUUUGUUUAGGGAUAAUUGUCGCAUUGAGGGCUUGGUUGAAGACAAUAAUUUACCAGAAGAUGAUCAAGUUUCAUUAAAGGUUGGCCAUACUCCUCGCUUAGAAAUUCGCAAAGCUUUGGCGCAAGGAGUACCACCAUUCCCUUAUAAAGUUGCCAAGACAUUAGAUCCUGGAAUUUAUAGAAAUGUGGAGUUUGAUUUAUGGAAUGAAAAAAGAAAAGAAGAACAGAAAAGUGAACAGUUCAUAAUUCCAAAGUUGGAAGCUGGGGUUAAAUGCAAGGUCCAUAUCAAUAAGGAUGUUUAUAUUGGGCAUGUUCAGGAAGUGUUUAGUGACUGUGAGGAUGUGUCUAUUUACAUAGAAGAGCUAUGUAAAAAGUGCGUUGUGUCUUCAAGUGUGCUUGAAAUUGUGCCCGUUCCUGCUUAUAAAGCAAUGACAUGGCAAGGGGGCAAAACUUAUAAAGUUUGUGUUGAUUGUGCCAAUCCUGGAUCUGAAGCUGAAAAGUUAAAAAACAAAAAAAGCUACAAGAAAAAUUUUCAGGAUAACUCACCAACCCAUAAUUCGAGUAAUGUGGUGCUAAAGCCGGAUACGAUCACCAGAUCGAAUUCAAUGCCAUCUUCUGUUCAGCGAAAUUUAUACAAUAAAGGCAACAGGAGAAAAGGGCAUUCAACUAGUGCUCCUGUAUCUCAUCGAUCGAAAAGUGUAUCUCAAAAGGAUUCUGUCAAUACUGUUCCACUUCGUCCUUCCAACUAUCCUUGCAUGUGGAAUGGAAUGCACCAGGCUAUACCCACUUCACCUAUACCAAUACCUGGUAAAAUGUCAUCUGAUUGCUACCAUAUUCAACAUAAUAGUCCAGAGUUGUUGAGUGAUACAAAUGACUCUGGUUGGACUGAGUGUAGUCUGAAGUCCCCACUCCCUUUAAGUCCCCCUUCACACUACACCUUGGCCUCUGUGUAUCCAGAGGAUGGUGGAUAUUCUUCGAUGACCGCCUCAUCUCCUUAUUCUACACCUUGCAUCACUACCAAUGCCACUUCUAUGCCAUUGUCCAUUCCUGGAACCCAACCACCAAGCCCUCCCGUGGGUGACGAGGUGCCGGCAACUACUCCCACAACCCCUUGCCCCACUGCCAUGGCUGUGUAUCCAUAUCCUGUGUAUGCUGUGCCUGGCAUGUAUUUGGUGUGCCGUGAUGGUUCCACUUUGCCUGUCAAUAUUGGAACUUGGGGAACUCAAGAGAGUGUGAAUAAUGAAGUACCUGCAGGUGUUCCAAGUGUAAUUUUUAACACUCCCCCUGGUGGAAUAUCUCCUCCCUUGACUUCCUGGAUGCCUGCAACUGUUGGAAACUAUGGACCUACUUGGACUCCUGCAGCUGUCGCAUUUUCCCCACCUCUGGAUAUGAACGCAUACCAGUCUGUCUUGUCUCCCACCUGGAGUCCCUCAUCUGGCAUCUACUUACCACCAGGGUCUGCAGUGGCCUAUCAAGUACAUCAGCCCCACAUUUUACCCCCAGUCCCUGCUCCCCAUGAGCAUCAAACUUCUGUUGGCUCUCCUUAGAAAAGUUGCUUCAAGUUAUUGAAAUGUCUUUCUAUGCCAUAUACACAUAUAUACGGUAUUAAAUGUUUUUGAAAUGUUGAAAUUAUAUAUUCAUGUAUCAUAACUGUGUGCUAUUUUAAAAAGGAUUGCUAGAUUUAAAUUUUACCGUCGAUCGGGAAAAUGUAUUAAAAUUUUUAUAACUGUUUAACAGUGUCCAUUGAUUUGACAAUGUCCAAAAUUCUUUUAUUCUUUACGAUAUUUUAGGGAUUUAAAGUGAUUUAUUGGAAUUUAUUUCAAUCCCUUCUCCUCCACUCAUCAAACAUUGUCAUUCAUCCAAAAAAAAAAAGUAGUACUAGCACUACUGCCAGUAAACAUAAAUUUGUAAAUUUAACUAUUGUUAAAGUGCCUGGCAUUUUAACCAGUUUGUUAAUUGUCGAAAUAUGCUAAAUUUUUUCUAAUUGUUGCAAUGUGUAAAUCUUUUUCUCGUGUUAAUCAUUAGUAAGUUAAAGUUUAUGUUUUUGUUUCUUGUUAAUUAACACAGACUAAUAUUUGUUUUGGCAAUAUUUAUUUUCAAUGAAUCUCGUUUUUUCAAGUUAAAAUUACCCUCGUUUUGAAUCAAUUGUGAUUUUUAUAUAGUGAUUCUUUGUGUCUCGUCACUGGAAAGAUAUGUCAAUUAUUUAUGUAUAAGAGAUUUCUAUUUAUCCUACUAAAAUGUAAAUUUUCAAGAAAAAUUCUGUGAUCCAUGUUAAUCAUUGUUUUAAGGUUUUUCCAUUCAGCACUAACAAUUUCAGUUUUAGUAAAAGAAACUUCUGAAAUCAGUAUAAUGCAUCUAUUUUUCCUUAUGGCAUCGAACUUAUCUGACGAGCUUGCUUAUGGGUAUUUUAAGAUUUUAGAUGAAGCUGUUAUGAAAAAUUGCUAGCUAAAUUUUUUGGGAAUCUUAUAUACACUCAUUUUUAACUCCGAAAACUCUCAAAUAUAUAUUUGGGUGUGUUUGAAAUUGAUGCCCAUAGCCAUAUUUAUGUGCUUUCAUAUAUUAUUGUGACCAAAGAAUUCUGAAGGUGCUGAAUUAUCUAGUCCGCCCUGAUAAACAGUGACUAGUGCUCAAUUUUGUUUUGUUUAUUGAAUUCUGUGUGAAUAUUUAUCCUAUCUAAAUAUAUAUAUGUAUACAUGCUAGAUCUCAAAGUUUAAUGAUAGAUUGUGCCAACAAUUAUGAAAAGAAAAAAGGAGAAAACUUAGAAUUUUAGAUUUUUAAACUUAAACACUUAUGGUGUUUAAUGCUAAUUAUACAAUUUUGGUGCUAAUGUGGUAAAUUUGCAGCAUGAAUUGAAUGAUAUUUAAUGUCUGCAAUAAAUAAUAUAAUGUAUGAAAAUCAGUUGUUUAUCAAAGAUAAUUAUGAUCAUGACAUAGCUGCCAUCAUUACUAAAUUUUCUAGUGGACCCCUAGAUUUUGUUAAUUAUUUCUUUUUCAAUUAAGUUUUUGUAAUUUUAAAAAAUUAGAAAAUUUUCAGAAAAGUUUUUAUUCAGCAUAUUGUUUGCUUAUUUAAAUAAAUAUUAUUAAAUAAUAAAUUUUCAUUUAUAUGUAGUAAUUUAGCCUCAUUUAUUUGUAGUAAUCAGUUUGAAGCUUUUUUUUUUUUUUUUUUUU